UUAAUGGUGUACUUGUGGGGUGGGUGCAAAAAAAAAGAGGGUGGGAAGAGGGACGUGUCCGAGUGAUUUAAAAAGGGAUCGCUCGCUGCCUCCCUUCCACCUUCGUCCACAGUCUCCUCCAUCCGAAGCCCAUCAGCCGAUCGUCAGCGCUUCGCAGCGCUCAAGUCACUGAGACUCAGUCGCCGACUCCGCGUCUCGUUAUGUCAGACGGCAAACAGCAGACGGAUAUCUGCAAGUCCACCAACGUGGUGUUUCAGUCCCAUCAUGUCACCCGAAACAAGAGAGGUCAAGUUAUUGGCACCCGUGGUGGAUUCCGUGGAUGUACUGUCUGGCUUACAGGACUUUCGGGAGCUGGGAAAACCACCAUUGGCUUUGCACUGGAAGAGUACUUGGUUUCCCACAAGAUUCCUUGCUAUUCUUUGGAUGGAGAUAACAUUAGACAAGGACUAAAUAAAAACUUGGGGUUCACCUCUGAAGACCGUGAGGAGAAUAUCCGACGUAUUGCUGAGGUGGCCAAAUUGUUUGCAGAUGGCGGUCUUGUCUGCAUCACCAGCUUUAUUUCCCCAUUCACAAAGGAUCGUGAAAUGGCAAGAAAAAGUCAUGAGCUUUCCAACCUUCCAUUCUUUGAAGUUUUUAUUGAUGCUCCCUUGGAUGUUUGUGAAGGUCGUGAUGUGAAAGGUCUUUACAAGAGGGCCAGAUUAGGAGAAAUCAGAGGAUUUACCGGUAUUGAUUCCAACUACGAGAAACCAGAGAAUCCUGAGUUAGUACUGAAAACAAACACGAUGCCUGUGAAUGAGUGUAUUCAACAAUUGGUGGAGCUCUUGGAAGAGAGGGGAAUAGUUCCUGCUGCUGCCAAUGAAGAAGUGAGGGAACUUUUUGUGCCUGAAAACAAACUAGACUUGGCCCAGGCUGAAGCUGAGUCACUGCCAAAACUGCAGAUAACAAAGUUGGAUCUGCAAUGGGUGCAAGUUCUAGCUGAAGGUUGGGCUACUCCACUUUCAGGCUUCAUGAGAGAGCGAGAAUUCCUGCAGGCCAUGCAUUUCGGCACUUUAUUGGAUGGUGGGGUCAUCAAUAUGACUAUUCCGAUUGUUCUGCCAAUUACCACAGAAGACAAGGAGCGGUUGGCUGGAUGUACUGGCUUUACACUCAUGUAUUCAGGCCGCAAGGUGGCCAUCCUUCAAAACCCAGAAUUUUUUCAGCAUAGGAAAGAGGAACGCUGUGCGCGACAGUGGGGAACAACUUGUGAAAAGCAUCCUUAUAUUAAGAUGGUAAUGGAAAGUGGAGACUGGUUUGCUGGGGGUGAACUUCAGGUCUUGGAGAGAAUCUCUUGGAAUGAUGGGCUGGAUAAAUACCGCUUGACCCCAAAGGAACUCCAGAAGAAGUUUAAGGACAUGAAUGCUGAUGCCAUCUUUGCAUUCCAGCUCCGUAACCCUGUUCACAAUGGCCAUGCUCUCCUAAUGCAGGACACCAAACGUAGACUUCUCGAGCGGGGUUACAAACACCCUGUGCUUCUUCUGCAUCCGCUUGGGGGCUGGACUAAGGAUGAUGAUGUUCCCCUGGAGUGGCGCAUGAAACAGCAUGCAGCCGUACUGGAAGAAGGCGUGUUGGACUCAAAUGCAACAGUUGUAGCGAUUUUCCCUUCACCCAUGAUGUAUGCUGGACCAACAGAGGUUCAGUGGCAUUGCCGAGCUCGAAUGAUUGCUGGAGCCAAUUUCUACAUUGUAGGACGUGAUCCCGCAGGCAUGCCUCAUCCUGUCACCAAGAAAGAUAUGUAUGAACCAACACAUGGGGCCAAGGUUCUGGGCAUGGCCCCAGGCAUGAACUCUGUGGAGAUCAUACCCUUCAGAGUUGCAGCAUACAACAAACUAAAGAAGUGCAUGGACUUUUAUGACCAAGAAAAACAUCAUGAUUUUGACUUCAUCUCUGGCACCCGAAUGAGGCAGCUUGCUCGCGAAAAUCAGAAUCCACCUGAUGGUUUCAUGGCUCCCAAGGCUUGGAAGGUGCUGACGGAUUACUACUCCUCAUUGGAAAAGAAAGCUUGACAGACUACUUUUAACAUUCAAAAGCUAGUUCUGAUACCACACAGCAACUAGCCAAUUCUUAUUUGCUUUUCUAUUCUUUUCUUUUAAAACCAUAAAUUUAUUAUAUUUCAAUACUUGUGUAAAUUGGGAUGAAUAUUGAUUGAUCAAGAUGUCAAAAUGAUGAUCUAGCUGCAAAAGUAGGGUCUUAGGUGAUCAGAUUUUUUAAAAAAAUGUAGGACAUCAUCCGUACAAUUUUUUUAGUUCUUUAUAGUCUUAAAUGAAAUUCUAAAAUAUAUUCUGUUUUUUGCUGUAGCCAUUAUUUUCAUAUAAAAGUAUUUAUUUUAGAAUUCUAAGAAGUUAUUUAAGAAUGUUUUUAUAUACACUGCACAUUUCUCUCAAAAUGGCUGUGUAGCACUGUUUUAAAUGUUUUCUUCUGUUGAUUUGGAACUGUUACCUCAGAUACUAACUGAUGUGUGAAGGAAUUAAAUUUAAUACAGGUUCCAUUUGAAAGGGAUAGUUGUUGCCGACUGGAGCAGCUUAUUAACCAAAUGUGAACGAAAGUUAACUUUACAGAAACCAUUGGUAUUUGGUGCUAAGUGAUGUAUGUGAUCACUUCUUUAGUAUCACAGAAAUGUUUUCAGCCGCUAAUGCUGGAAGUUAGGUUACAAUUCUGGAUGUGUGGGCAAAAAAAUGAUACAGGUUGUUUGAUGAUUCCUCAGUGGUUUUGUAACGUGUAAAUAAUUGACUUGGUUGGCCUUGGAGCAGGACAAGAGAAAGUAAGCGUCAAAUAAUGAUUUUGCAGCACAAAGAAGAAAUUAAAUGAUUAGGCAAAUAGGGUGCAGAUUCUGUGCCAAACCAUUAUAACAGAAAGAAGAUGCACUUAACUUGCAGCAGUGUCUCCAUAUUCCUUUUGGUGCUACUUUCCAAUUCUGUCCGUGAUGGAGGGGAAAACACAGCUUUAGAGAUUAGAAAUAGCAAUUGCCACAUGUGGAGCAGGAUUCUCCCUGUGUGUCCAUUGUUUGGGAGAUUCAAUGCACAAUUCCUAGCAAGAAGGUUGCACGAUUAGAUCCCAGUGAUAUCCAUCACAUGCACCAGGCGGGAUAUCAAAUAGGAAGAUGAUAGAAUGGGUAUUCUGGAAGGAUGAGAUCAACUGGACUUUCCUCAUCUGAACUGCGCUUGUGAUCUUGUAAAUGGUGAAACAUUCCAUCUUGGGAAGGUAAAACCUGAGAAAACUCAUUAUCUUUAGAUCAUACCUCUUGCUAAUGGAUUAAGGAAUACUGUAAAUGGUGACCUUGAACAAGUUCACCAGCACUAAUGUCCUUCCCACAUAGCAAAGGGAGCUACAUAUGAGGGAGUGAAAGAUCAUGAGACAUUUGGGAAAUUAGAGUACUUUCCAGCAUCAGCCACAUGACUCAGUCAUUUUAGAAACAUUAAGGGACUUUUCAGUUAAGAUUUACAUUCACUUGCUCUUUCAUUUUAAAAAGUUUCGAUUGAAAAAGUGAUUGAAUGGUUUUAAAUUUCUUUAAUAUGAAUAAUAGCUACAGCAAAAUGGUUAUGUGAGCUUCUAGAAAAUUGUUUUAAUCUUAAUUCAAAUGAAUCAACUCGUGCCUUUCCCAAGAAUGUUCAGAAUUGUUACUAUAUAUUUAUUUGAUAGAUUGGAAUAUUUCCAUUGUGCCUUAAUCUAUGUAAGCUUUUAAUACAUGAUAAACUGUACCUAUCUAAACUUUGCAUAUCAAUAUCAUGUAUGCUUAAUAUAAAUAAAUAUGAAUUAGUCAUCAUAA